AUGGCUUAUUCUAAGAUCGCUCUUCUCCUCAUCUUCAAUGUCAUCUUCUUCACUUUAGUAAGCUCGGCUUCGGUCCCUUGCCCACCACCACCGUCCAAGAGUCCCCCCAAGAAGCCCUCACCAUCGUCUCCUUACCGUAAACCCACUUGCAAAGAUGCUCUUAAACUUAAGGUAUGUGCCAAUGUGUUAAACUUGGUUAAGGUCUCUCUACCCCAAAAGUCCAAAUGUUGCUCCCUUCUCAAAGGUCUUGUUGAUCUGGAUGCUUCGGUAUGUCUCUGCACCGCUUUGAAGGCUAAUAUCCUUGGCAUUAAGCUUAACCUUCCCAUUUCAUUGAACCUUCUCCUAAGCCAGUGCGGUAAGAAGGUUCCAUCUGGUUACAAAUGUGCCUAG